UGUCCAUUACGCAGCGGCAGAACGACUGUAUUGCAUGACAUUUCAAUGCACCAAUCACUUGCGGAGACUGAGUCUACUUCCCUACAGUGGAAUAUCUGAGGGGAAACGGACGGACGGAGAUCUACACGGAUAUCUCAUCAUCAGCCCAGUCUGCACGGUCAGAUCGGCUGUGAGAGCUCGACGUGACACAGCGGGCCAUCGACUCCUGUUUCGACCCAGUCACCGAGUCUGCACCGGAGACAUGGCCGGUAUUUUGGCGUGGUUUUGGAACGAGAGGUUCUGGCUCCCUCAUAAUGUAACCUGGGCUGACUUAAAAAACACAGAUGAGGCAACCUUCCCCCAAGCCGAGGACCUGUAUCUGGCGUGUCCUUUAGCAUUCUGCAUCUUUAUGAUCCGGCUGGUUUUCGAAAGGUUUAUUGCCAGACCAUGUGCGAUGGGACUGAAGAUCCAAGCUAAUGGGCCUCAGAAAGCUCAGCCCAACGCCAUCCUAGAGAAGGUUUUCACUGCUAUAACCAAGCACCCAGAUGAGAAGAGACUGGAAGGCCUUUCCAAGCAGCUGGACUGGGAUGUGCGGACCAUCCAGCGCUGGUUUCGACAACGCCGCAACCAGGAGAAGCCCAGCACCCUCACUCGAUUCUGCGAAAGCAUGUGGAGAUUUACAUUCUACCUAUACAUAUUUACCUAUGGAGUCCGUUUUCUUAAAAAGACUCCAUGGCUUUGGAAUACUAAAGAGUGUUGGUACAACUACCCUUACCAGCCACUAACUGUGGACAUCCAUUAUUACUACAUACUGGAGCUGUCUUUCUACCUGUCUUUACUCUUUUCUCAAUUCACAGACAUCAGGAGGAAGGAUUUCCUGAUCAUGUUCUUGCACCAUGUGGCAACAAUCUCCCUCAUCACCUUCUCCUAUGUGAACAACAUGGCACGAGUGGGAACGCUGGUCAUGUGUCUCCAUGAUGCAGCGGACGUGCUGAUAGAGGCUGCUAAGAUGGCGAACUAUGCCAAAUGCCAGAUACUGUGCAACCUCCUGUUUGCAAUGUUUGCAAUUCUCUUCAUAAGCUCAAGGCUGGGAGUUUACCCUGUCUGGAUUUUAAACACCACCUUGUUUGAGAGCUGGGAGAUCGUGGGGCCUUACCCAUCCUGGUGGGUUUUCAACCUGCUUCUGAUCCUUCUGCAGCUUCUUCACUCCUUCUGGUCCUACCUCAUAGUGAAGACAGCAUGCCGAGCCAUCUCUAAAGGAAAAGUGGGAAAAUGGAAUCCUUUACAUGUGUCUAAAGAUGACCGCAGUGACAUUGAGUCCAGCUCUGAUGAGGACGAUAGCCCCCCGCCCAAUCAGAAGCACCACAGCAGCACCACCAACGGGACCAACAAAACUCACGGGACCAACGGCUACCUGACAGGAGCCCCUUAUCCUGAUGAACACUGACUAAACUGAUAUCACAACACUGGAGCCAUGCUACAGACACCCUCCAUCAAUUUAUGUGUGCGUGUGUGUGUGUGUGUGUGUGUGUGUGUGUGUGUAUUUGAGUGUAUGGUGGAGACAUGAACAGCUUUGCCUGUCUGGUACUGGAAGUUCUUGAUACAUUUAUGUGAAUGCAGUUUUGUUAUCAGUUUGAUCCUUUACUAAUUUCCUUGCGCAGUUUCUUCUCUUCAUCUAUAUAUUUGCAUCAAACUGCACUCAGUGAAAUAUCGAAGCACUCCCAUCAGUACACCCCACACUCUUUUUAGCAAAUGAAUGAAAGCAUUCCACUUUAUGGUGUAAGCAUGCUACUUAAACAUUCAGUAGACUGGCAUACUGGGGGUAUGUUUUUAUGUUUGUGUCUCUCUAUGUUAUUUAUUUUUUUAUAAAUACGUUUGCAGAUGGUAGUCAAACAUCUAUCCUACUUUGAUGUCAUUGUUAAAUGAUCUUGAACAACUGCACAGCUGUUUUUCACAUCACAGUAUUAGCAAAGUGCUGAAAAUCUGGGUUUACUUUAAUCGCUACACCCCCAAAGACAUGCCAAAACGAUGACUGAGUUCGUCUUCACUCACAAAUGAAUGGUAAUGUGUGAAGUUUACUCACAUUUCAGAAUACCAACAUUUUACACUCAGACUGUAUAUGAGAUGUCAAUUAACAGUAUUAUGUGUGUGCAUCACAUAUGGCUAGAUGCUGUAUUCCCUAUUGACGCAUUUUGUUAAGUAUUCUGGUACAUUUCUGGUAAGCAUUUCAUUAAAGGUCAUUUGCCCUGUUAUGAGGCAGACAUGAGUUGUUUGAAUUAUUCAAUAAAAAAAAUCACGAGGAUCGC